UAUUGGGGGAGGGGGAGACUAGGGGGUGUGGUCCACACGACGCAGGGAUGCACACAACUCACGGCACCUCGACGACUCGCUUGCACGCAGAGCCGAGACAACCAACGCAGUCGUCACGCCGAGUUGCGGGAGUUUGUCGUCUGUCUAGCCACGAUCGGGGACACACGCAGAGGAGCAGGGACGGGAAGAGGUGAACAUCAUUGGCGAUGUGUCAAGACAACUCGCUGCCGACGUGAAUGCAUCAUCGGUGCCAUGAGACGGCAUCGUCUGCUCGCUGCCUUAGUGGUCGCCGUGGUGGCGACUCUGACGUCACGUCCUGUCACAGGGGACCUCGACAGCCUCUUAAAGAUCAUCAACUCGCGGCAUUACGACCGCCGAAUUCUGCCCAAGCUGAACGGGGAACCCGUAAUUGUGAACUGUCAUUUGACUAUCAUGGAGUUCGGUUCUAUCGAGGAGAACACAAUGGAAUACCAAAUCAUGGUCGACCAGGGCAUGGAGUGGACGGACCACCGCUUGGUGCACGAUGCAGGCGACAGCAACUCCACGUGGGUGGACCCGGGCAACCACCUGGUGGGCUACAUCUGGAAGCCGCGGCUGCACUACUCGAAUGAGAAGCGCGGCAACUUCCACGUCAUCACCAUGCCCAAUGCCCUGCUGCGCAUCUUCAGCAACGGCACCGUCUCCUACUCCAUCCGGCUGUCCCUGACUCUCUCCUGCCCCAUGGACCUGCGCAACUUCCCCAUGGACACCCAGAUCUGCCCCAUCCACCUGGACAGCUUCAGCAGCAUGGUGAGCGAACUCGAGUUCCGCUGGGCCAAGCCAGAGGCGGUCUUCCUGUCGAAGUUCAUCAGGCUCACGGAGUUCUCGUUGGGGCCGCACUUCACCGUCAAGAACGGCGCGCAGAAUUACUCCGUUGGCACAUACUCUCGCAUCUCCGUCACAUUCUCGCUGCGCAGGGAGAUUGGGUUCUACGUCAUCCAGAUCUACGCUCCCAGCUCGCUCAUCGUGGUGGUCUCGUGGCUCUCCUCCUGGAUGAAGACUCAGGCGAUGGUGGCGCGCGUGGCGCUGGGCAUCACCACGGUGCUCACCAUGACCACGCAGAUCAGCGGCUCGCGUUUCUCCCUGCCCAAGCUCUCCUACAUCACGGCCAUGGACAUCUGGAUGACCACGUGCCUGGUGUUCGUCUUCUCCGCCCUGCUCGAGUCCGUGCUGGUCGCCGUGCUCGAACAGAGGGACGGAAAAGCAGUAGUAGCAGCAGCAGCAGCAAAGCAGCAGGUGUCUGCACGUCAGGAAUGGUCGGAGCAGGCGGCCCGUCUGGACGCCGCCUCCCGUGUUGGCUUGCCCGUCUCUUUCGCCCUCUUCAACCUCCACUAUUGGCUGCUGUUCUACGUGGCCCUGCAGCGUUGACGAUUUCGCUGGACAGGGGCGGGCGGUGUCUCCCUCCCUCUCUCCCUCCCUCUCUCCCUCUCUGUGUCCCGGGCCUCCCCUCCCCACUCCCCCUAGGUCGACUCGGCCUCACACGA